AUGAGCAAUAUCAAUCCUCAAACCGGAGAGGAGCGAUCAAAUUUAGCGUAUCUCAUCCAACCGGCGAAAGAUUUAGUCGAGAAUUUCUCAAUUGAUGUGUUGAAGUGUCUCUCCGUCUAUCUGCAAGUAAUCCAAGAUGAAAGUAUUCGAAAUGAGGAACACUCGAGAGAAUACGCGAAGAAUCCGAAAUUAGACGACAAGGGAAAAGUGAUACCGGAAGUUUUUCGAUUCUUCGAUUUCCAGAAUGCGAGUCGAAUUCUGUCAGGAUCGACGUCGGUUUACUGUAAGAAGGUAGAUCAUGUCUACGAAUUGACACUGUCCGUCGUGGAUUUGAUUGAGAAUAAAGGAGGAGAAACAGGAGGAAAUGGAGGACGGAAAGGUGGAAGAGGCGGUCGACGGAAUCUGAAUUUCGGAUCGACUGAUUACGAGUUAAUUGAUAUCAAAUCACUGAAAGAAGAGGGACUUCAAAACUAUGAGAAGGCGUUGGCAGAGGAGAAGAAGGCGAUCGAUUCGUUGAGAUUAGUGGAGACUGUGGAGAUCGCUGAGGCACAAAAUGAGCGGAGAAGUUGUUUGGUGGCGAAACCGACGCAAUUCAUGUUUAAACUCAAUUAUGGACAAUUGAAUAGAACUGACGAGCAGAUUUAUAAUGCGAAACAACGGGCGGAUGUGAUUGGAAAAGUGAAGGAUUUCGAUUUGAAGAAGGGAGAGAUUCUUCAUGAGCAACAAGUGAUUGUAUCACAUGAUGACUAUCGGAAGAAUGUUGAUGUAUUCACGUUGCCCGGUGCCCGUUGGGUUCCGGAUAAUAAGGUGUUGGCAGCUCAUUUCGGAGUGGCUGAUGUGGAAGUAGAGUUGGAUAGAGAGCAGAAUAAGACGGAGAUCAAUGCAUAUGGACCGUUUACGGACCCUCUCUCUGGCCGUGAAGUCGUCGCUCCACCCCGUUGGUUCAUCGAAAAAGAAGCGACUCGUCAGAAUCUGGAAGCUCAAUCCCGUGCCACAUCACGUGCCACGUCAGCAGCCAUCACAAAACAAAUCCGUGACUCUCAGGGAUACGGUAGCCAACAGAGCCAACGUCUCUCCCAGCCAUUCAUCGAACGUCGCCGUUAUAAUAUCAAUGAUUUGGUCUCGUUUGUCGAGGGGCGAAAGAUAAGUAAUCGACCGAGCACUCAUCUCGACGCUGGAUUAGUCAAUAUGAUUGUCGAUGAAUUUGGAAAUGAUAUGGAUAUGGAUGGAGGAGAGAAUACUCGUCCACCGACUUCUGGAAAUUAUGAUAUAUUUGAUGAUGAUUUCGGAGGAAUCGACGAUGAUGACGAUGACGAUGACGAUGGAUCAGAGGAUUAUGUGAGGAAUUUGACGAGAAGACACGAGAGAAAAGCACCGGUGCCGUGGGAUGAUUUGGAGAAAGUCAAGAUUCCCAUGUAUACGGGAGAUGAGGAUAUUCCAGUGACCCGAAAACCAGUGAAAGUUCUCGCCAAACCGCAACAAACUGUCCAAAAUUUGCUCAAAAAGAAACGUGCUCGCGAGGCGAAGAUCCCAUUGACUCGACGUGACGAAUUCAUGCAAACUCACAACUACCUUCAAGAUAAUUAUUAUUGGAGAAGCGCCGCCCGUAUUAAUCCGGAUAAAGACUGGAAAAUCGAGGCGUUGCGUACGGCGAUUUUGACUGAAAAAAAGAGAAGAUGCAAGGAGAAAACGGCGAAAAUCAGGGAUCUUCGCGCUCAGAAUGUGCAGAGAAAACGAUCGACACGUGGAACGAUACCAUUGGAGGAUUAUGAGGCGGCGUUGAUGGGUGAUGAGAAGGAGAAUGAAGUGCCGAAUAGACGGACGAUGGGAGCGGAAUACGACGACGUUGUCGACGAAGACCUCGCCGCUGAAGUCGAAUUCUCGGUGCUCGGUGGUGGAUUCGAAGAUGACGAUGAUGUGGAACCACGUGGAGAAGUUGCUCCAGAAGAAGUGAAUCAAGAUAUUCCGAAUUAUGAGUUCGAUGCUCCCUCUGAUAUUGCUGCUCCACGUCCCUCUACUUUCAAACCAUUGCUUUUCGAGGAUAUUGAUGAUGCCGAAUUGAAUAGUGUCAUUAAUUUGCCCGGAAAUUUGUUCAUCGAUAAGGCCCUCCCAUUGCUCAAAAAGUUUGCCGAACACAAAACGGAUCGUGAACAAAUGGCGUACGAGAUGGCGAAAGCCUAUGAAGACGUCGAUAUUGCCGUGUCGAAUCUUCAGGAACAAGUCGACACGUGGCACGCGAAAAUGGAACCGAUUCUUGAGGAGGGAGAGACGAGAAAGGAAUAUGAUGUCAAUUUCGUCAGCCGAAUUGUGAUCGACGAGUACGAAGAGAUAGGAGAAACGAAAAGUAUCCUUGAUCUGGUGAUCGGUCGUCCGUGGUUUGAAAUCAGUCGAUACUUUCUCUCAUGUCUUUUCCUCUGCAAUUUGGGAAAUGUGAGAGUGACUGACGAUAAGACGUUGUCACUGGAGGAACGAGUCAAUUCAAUGCAAAUCACAAUGUUGAAGAGAGAAAUGCACGCGGAUAAAUUCAAAGAAUUGGAUGGAAUGCAGGGAUUGGCAGCAGUCGAAGAGCAGCAGGAACCACCGCCACCUCCAGUUGAGAAACCAUUCAAAAAACCGGCGAAUCCAGUCGAAGAUGAAGACGAUUCCAUGGAUUUUGAAUAA